CGCAUGCGAGCACAUGGCAGCAAACACAUGAAAUUGCCGGCACAGAAAUGACAUAAAAUUCACCUCUACGGCAACUUUAAUGAACCAUUUUAUUUAACAUUCAAAGACAUUUGUAGAUAUGGGUAACAAAAUUUCAGCUGCGGGUCCAAAUGAAACCACAGGUGGCAUGGCAUUGUCGCCACCGCCGCUUCAUCCACCACCGGCAUCAUCUCAGUCAUCCACAGAAACAUCAAAACCGACCGAACAAACAGAGACUGACAACAACCCAGGGACAUUUGAAGAACUCCACAGAAAAUGCAAAGAUAUUUUUCCACAAUGCUUCGAGGGAGGAAAGUUUAUAUUUUCAAAAGGAUUAAGCAGUCAUUUUCAAGUCAGUCAUACCAUUAAUCUCAGUACAGUAAAUCCUGCAUCUUCUGGGUACAGAUUUGGUGCUACCUAUGUAGGCACUAAACAAUUAGGACCACAAGAGAUGUUUCCAGUGGUUUUAGGUGAUAUGGAUGCCAGUGGUAAUCUCAAUGCCAACAUAAUUCAUGCAUUUACACAGAAUAUUAGAACUAAACUUGUAACACAGAUUCAAGACAACAAAUGCGUAGCAACACAAGGAGGUAUAGACUACAGAGGUUCAGAUUAUACAGCAUCUCUCACUUUAGGCAAUCUAGACAUAGUCAAUAAGUCAGGUAUUUUAGUUACACAGUACUUACAAAAAGUGACAUCACGGUUAUCAAUUGGGGCUGAGUUAGUAUGUCAGUAUGGUCCUCAAGUACCUGGAGGGGAAUUUACAGCUUUAUCUGUAGCUUCUAAACUUACUGGUGAUAAAUGGACGUUAUCUGGUAAUAUUAGUCCUUUAGUUGGUGGUGCUCAUUUAUGUUAUCAUCAUAAAGUAACAGAAGAAUUAGAUGUAGGAGCAGAGAUAGAGACUAGUCUAGCUCAAGGAGAAAGUGUUUGUAAGCUUGCUUACCAACUAGAGGUUCCAGAAGCUUCCAUAACAUUCAGAGGUAGUGUAGAUACUAAUUGGGGAAUAGAAGCAACACUGGAGAGAAAAUUAUUACCGUUUCCAUUCACAUUUGCUUUAAGUGGAAUGGCUAGUUUAGCUAACUUUCAAAAACCUCAAUAUCGAUAUGGUAUAGGACUAAUUAUAGGAUCAUAGCUUACAUUAUAUUUUACUAAUUGUGUACAAAAUUGUGUGUUUAUGAAUUAGGUUGUGUGUAUGUGUGAUGAAGUAUAGAGGUAUAAAUAUAAAUUCUUUAGAAUGCUUCUGAAUGCUGAAUGUCAAAAUGCAACUGGAAUAACUGCCACUACAGAACUGAAGGGUAUUUAAAUGUACUUUCAGAGAUAAUAUGCUAAAUAUGUUCUGUUCAGUCCUGUCUUACUUUUUGGUAAUUUUUUAUUCAAAAGUUAUUUCCCUUAUAUGCAGGCAUUUUUAUAAAGCAGUCAUCCAUCAAUCAGUCUUGUGGGUAUAAAUACAGCAAUAUUUUGACAUAUUAUUAUAUUUAACAAUUUUCUCAUGCAUUUACAUACAUGGAGAAUAGAACUUUUCCUUCUUUUUUUUCCAGUCUUCAUCAAAAUAUUGUUCACCUUUGUUUGAUUAAUGUUUUAUGCUGUAGAAGUUUCAGAUGUCUUAUUUCAUAGGAAAUCUAUCAUUGGAUAGAUACAACAACAAAAUUAAGUAUAAAUCCUAGGGAAUUUUAACCUACAAAGAAUAUAACUUCUAAAUAACUAGAAACCACGAAAACUAAUCCUUAUGAAAUCAAAUUUAGGGACAAAACCACUACUCUAAAUUGUUAACCCCACUAAAAUUAAUAUUUUUACAGUAUGUACAAAAUACUUUCCCAAAAGGGAGACAAUUUAUGCAAAUUAAAGAAUUUUGAAUAAAAAAAAGUUUGGGUUCAAAUAUUAUCUUACUGGAUCAUGUUUUAAUGGACUUUGCCUUUAAUUGGAGCUACCAUCUGCCAUUUUAAGAACAACUGCUGGGUGCAUCAUUUUGUGAUUAUGCAAGACCAAUUCAUAUCAUUAAAUUUAUGACUUUAAAGCAAAAGUUAGUUUUUGGUAUUAAAAAUCUCAAUUUGAAGAUUUUUGAUAUUUUAUUUAAAAUUACUUGUGAAAUUUAGGUGUUUUUCAUUGAUGUUAUCAUCCCAAUUUUAGUAGUAUAAAUACAUUAUCUUCAAAGUGUUGUCAUAAUUGAUAAAAAUAGUCUUGUAUGGCCUUAACUGUGAUGUCAUACAAUUGUUAUGUUCAUCUUCUUAUCUUGAUAUCAUAGAGAAAGCAAUAUAUUUGUAAGACUUGUUGUCAUGUAGUUAAGGAAUAAAAGAAGGAGGUUAGGGACUAUAACUCUUAAGGCUUAUAAAGACACAUUUCUGUCAAGGUUGUAGCCAACAGUUAAUAAAACAUGUGGUCGCUUAAUUAACAAAUAGUGGGCUCUGAGGAUAAUUAUAUCCUGAUCCUUGUGUGAUAAAUAAUUUUAACAAUAGUUCCCUUUGUUCAUCUGUACAUGCAUUUGUAUUUGUAUAAUUCAUUCAUAAAAUAAUGUCCAUUUCUUACCAAUGCUCAGCACUAUACAUUUACAUUAUUCAUGGAUUCUUUUUUAUGUUAUUUAUUUAUUUCACUCGAGAUAAUCAGUUGUUUCAUGUGUGUCAACACACUUCAUUAGAAAUUAAUAAUUUAAUAUCUAAAUAUAUAAAUGGUGGACAUUUCAGUCAUAUCACUUUUUUGUAAAUCAAAGAAAAUUUUUAACUGUCAGUCUUCCUUAGCAUGGUGUAGUGAUGGAAGCUUAGAGUAAUUUGUAAAAUUUAAAAUGCACGUUAGAAAAAAAAAAUGAAAACAACAUGUUAUAAAUUUCAUGUGUCUGAAGCGGUUUUCUGGAUUUAUCUUCAUCAGAGACGCUCAAAGCCGAAUAUUUGAAAGCCAAGGAUGUAUAAGGACUGAAAACGUUGAAGAGCUAUAAACUGAAAAGGAUCUAAAAAAAUAGCCAAAUCCAUCUAAGGCCAACUUUGCCUGAGUGAGUUGAAACCUUAGUUUCUGUAUAAUUUCAAAAUUUAUAAACGUGCAAUUUUAGAUAGUUUGUUAUAAAUCAUGUCUAUGCAUCUUAAAGUAGAAGUUCAAAAAGACUUUGAUUACCUCCAAUUGAGCAAUCUUACACAAAUUGACAUGAAGAUAAAUAGGGUUUAUUUUUAAAAGGAAGCAAAAAAUGUGUUCAUUUUAUAAAGAAAAAUAUGAUUGUACAUCAAAAUAAUAUUUGUAUAACAUAUUUGAUGACUACAUUAAUUUAUAACUGCCUUUCUUAUGAUAUAAGGUGCUUAAUUAUUACUACCUGACUACAAAAUCUAAAUAUUAAAGGCUAUCAUCAAGAGAUAUAUAUACCAAUACUAGAAUAAGCUAGACUUACAUAUUUGUUAAAAAAAAAACCUGCUGUGAUGGAAAAAAAAAAGAUGAAUUGCAUAAAAGAGUCGCUUCCUCUUCUCAAGAAAUGGAAAGCAUCAAUAACGGUCUUAUCGCUAUUUGGGGAUCUACGCCACUUGACCCGAGAAUUUGUGACACUUGAGCUAUUGACGUCAUACAACAAUCACUUUUCCUUUGUGGCGUCAGACAUUUUUUAUUAUGACGUCAAAAUUUAAGGGAACUUCUGUGAUGUCCAGUAAUGGCGGACAAAUAGCAAUAAGGUGUAUUGGAAUUUAUUAUUUCUUCCAAAUCUCAGUUUAAGAAAAACAAGAUGAAGUGGCCCAUUGCAUAAAAAGCACAUUAUAAGAAAUUCCUGUAUGUUCUUUUGAAAGAAGGAAACUUAGAAAUAAAUUUGUUGCAAGAUCAAUUAUUUUAUUGUUAAAACAAAAACAUGUCAAAGUAAGCAUUGUGCAAGUUGACCUUAAGCAUCACUGAAUAAACAUUAAUUGUUGAAAUUUAAUAUUGUUAAUAUUAUAUUAUUCUAAUAUUAUAUGGUGAUACAAACUAUGAAUUAGAACACCUGUCUAAAUGAAACAGAUUCUUCAGUCCAAGUAUUUGUUUAAUUCGGAAACUUAUCAUUAAAAGUGGAAAAGACCAAAGUCAAUCCUGUAAAAAAUCUUGCAAUUUGUAAACAAAUUUUUAAUAUGUGUAAAUUUUGCUGGCACAGAAGUGUUCAUAGUGUGAUAUAUGUAUACUGGAUAAAUAUAAGUUAUGUAUCAGUGAAAGUUUGUGUGUAUGUGUGUAAUUGUACACUAGUUGAAGUAUAAGGCACACAAUGCUGAUGUUAUAUGUAUAUAAAUCUUUUAUGAAAUGUGUCUUGUUUGUAUUAAUUUUGCCUAUUGAUUUUGAUACCAGUACUCUGAAGGAGUCAUCAUAUUAAAUUCAUCUAUUGUCUUGUACCUAUGCAGUAAAGGAUGAGUUAAUAUUCA